AUGGAGAAAGCGAUUGCUAAUGUGACGACAUACAAUGGAGGUGACCUGCUAGUGAUCCUGAACGGUUCAAAGGGUGUACGCAAGUUGAAGCAAUAUAUCAAGUGCGAAGAGGUCGGCAUGCUCGCGCAUGAGUAUUUGCAAGAACUAGCUAAACGCCACGUGGAACUACCGGUUGACACUGCAGCGAUGAUGAAUGAUACCAAUGAACUGGACGACGACUCUGCUCGUAUCAGCGACGAAGCACUCAGCUUCACAACUCUUGACGAGCUUGACGGAGUCAGCGAGUUCGACAAGCUAGACGUCCGUAUUAUAAUCGACGGCCAAAAGAAGAUUGUCAUUGUCGAUGGUGGCUUCUUUUUGUUGGAUCAAAGCUCGUCGUCGAAAAAGAUAGACUAG